ACUACGACCGCGCGGCGGCCCAGUACUUUCGUGCCGUCUUGAACGCGAGCGAUCGCGUGGCCGAGGCAACGCAGACUAUUAGCGACUGGGCCGAUGCGGGUACGGCUCCUAUGGUCAAUGACAUUGCGCAGUUGUAUCCGGCGAACGUCAACAUCUUGUGCUCCAAAGUCGCUGGUGAAGCGCCGAACCGCCUCGUCGCUGUCCGGACUUGCUGGGCCAAAUCGUCGCCGAGUACUGGUGGCUCUUUCAUGGUUGCCGGCCCGCCCGCCAACUGCACUGGUGCUCUUACGACGACAUGCGACGCAUCCCAGCCGCUCGACUUGGCCGCCUACCAGCUGUUUUAACACUGCUGUUUUGGUAAUGCGGCUUCAAACUGCAGGGAUGUAUCGGAACUACUGGUACUUGUGGAGUCACGAGUGACCAAACUCCCAUUAGGUCGUACAUAAUGAAGAAAAUUAGCGUCUCAGUGAUUGCAAUUGUUCGUGGAGCUGCCCAAGAAAUCAAAUCCGCGGUUGAUGC